AUGACAUUAACGGAUGAUCUUACAUUGGCACAACUUAUUUUAAGUCGCUAUGUCUUAAUCAUAUGUAGCAUAUUGGGUAUUAUUGGUUGUUUUCUUAAUUUUAUUAUAUUUUCAACAUCGGUUUUUAAUUUAUUAGUAAUUCUAAUUGGUAUUACACCGGUCAUCGCAGGUUCCUAUUUAGCAAAGGAUCCAGCCUCAUAUUUAUCAGCAUAUUGUAAAGCCAGAGCAUAUACAACCCAUGCCUUUUUGAUGAUGUCACGUUUCAGUGUUGCGUUAGGUUGCGUAGAUCGAUUUGCUCUAUGUUCACGUCAUGCUUAUAUUCGUCGUCUGAAUCAUCGUGGUAUAGCUAUUAUACUGGUGAUUAUAACAAUUAUUCUGUGGUUACUUAUACCAAUACAUGUCAUGGUUUAUACCAAUGUUCAAUCAAGUGGUAAAUGUGGAACCAGCGGUUCUUAUCAGAUCUUUUAUAGUUUUUAUGCAAUUAUUGUUACUUCUAUUCCAUUAUCAAUAAUGAUUAUAUUUUCGUUUUGGGCUAUUCGAAAUAUUCGACAGAGUCGUGCUCGUGUUGCUGCAACCGAUGAGCAUGUUAAUGGAAAUGAAAAUUCACGAAGGAAAAUGAAAAAAGAAGAUAUUCAAUUGAUGAUUAUAGUAAUAAGUGAAGCAAUUGUUUAUCUUCUAUCAACAAUAUGGUAUCCAAUAUAUACUGCUUAUACAACUAUUACAGCAAAUGUCUCAAAGACCUCAGAUCGUGUAGCUAUCGAAAAUUUUAUUCGUUAUUUAGUACUUAGUUUUUUGAUUUUUCUGAAUUCAUGUUCAAUAUUUUAUGUUCAUCUCUUAGCGUCGAAAACACUUCGUCAAGAAUGUAAACAAUUAUUGCUAUAUUUAUUUAAACACAAUCAAAUUAACGUCGAAUUACAAACCAACUCAUCAGCAAGGCCAGGUCACAGACAACGAGCGCCGGCUUUAUAUAUUCAUCCACCAACAAAUAUUUUUUCGAACAAUUCGAUCUACAUUCGUAUUUAUAAUUUUAGAAUUACAGUAACUGAAAUUUAUCCGAAAAUGUCAUCAAACAAAGAUAAAAAUAGUUCAACAAAUUCAUCAAAGGAACAAAACAAUAGAUUUGGAAAACAAAUUUCUCAAACAUUGACUACCAACCAACAAGAACAUUCAGCAACAGAAGGUCCAGGCGUUUUGAAUUAUUGGAAUAAGAAUAAAAAUGAACUAGAAAAAAGAUACGGUUCACUACAAUUAGCUAGAUUAAAUCCAAAAAAACGCAUGCCUCGUUAUUAUUCUGUUAAUCAACAUCAAACAUUAUUAGUUAUACUUCAAGGUGAUAUUGUACAAACAAAAGUCGAUGCUAUCGUUAACGCUGCGAAUGAAGGUAUGACUGGUGGUGCUGGAGUUGAUGGAAUAAUUCAUAGAGCUGCUGGACGCGACCUUUAUAAUGCUUGCAAAGCUCAUAAACAAGUUGAAAGGGGUGUUCGUUUACCAACUGGACAUUCACGUAUUCUACUAAGUUAUAACAUGUCAGCGACGACAUAUUAUAUUAUUAAUACAGCUGGUCCUGUAUAUGACAAAUAUCAAGCAGAAGCAUGUGCCGAGGAAUUGUCUUCGUGUUACAAAACGGCACUUCAGUUAGCUAGUUUGUACGAUCUUGAAUCAAUAGGUUUUACUGCUAUUAGUUGUGGUAUCUUUGGUUAUCCAGCAAAUGAUGGUGCUGAAGUUGCCCUUCGAUCAGUCUAUACAAACGCUGGUUCAAUGCCAGUGGUUGUGUUUGUCCUAUGGGAUGAUCAUAUAUAUGACGCUUGGAUUAAAAAAGCUGAAGAAUUGGAAUUCACACCUUUCGAUCCAGAAUCGGCUGCAAUUAAAAAUUGCACUGAACCCUCGACUAAUAAUGAAGAGAAAUCGCAAACCAGUGAACAAUCAAAUCAAGAGAAUGACAAACAAGAAUCACAAACAACAUUCAACCCACAUCUUAAAGAUGAUUCAACUUCGAAUGAAACAGAAAACAAACCUGAAGAGUCAAAUCAAAAUCUAGUCACAAGUGUACCACCCGUGUCAGAUGAACCAUCUGAUAGUCAAAGAACAGAAAUUUUAGAAUCCGAUGACAAUCCUAUGGAUGUCGAUCAAAAUUUACCCACUCAAACAACUGUGCGAAUGGAUAGUGUUGAUACAAGACAACACAACAAUUUAACAACAACUAAUGUGUCUGAACAACAAUCAAGUCACGAUGAAACUACAAAAUCUGAUAAUGAAAAUGUAACAAUUGAUGAUAAAUCUCAUAAAUCAAUAGUUCAGAAAGAAACAGAGAAGACUGAUGCUCAAAGUGCAAAGACUGAGACAACACACGAUGAACAUCAUUAA